GGCAACCUUGCUUGCGUGCUCCGCGUAAAUGACAGAAGAAUUUUCCAUCACAAACAAUCCCGUUUUCCCGUGAAAGUUAUCUCGUGAAUAUUCGGCUUUGUUUAGUUGCGUCGUGUCAAUUUCUUUCAAUAAUUACAAGCUAGCGACGUUCAUCCUGCCAUGGAGCCACCUAAUGCGCAUCAACUGCCUCGACUGCCUACGGAAAUUUUGGUGACCAUAUUUCAGCAUCUGCCCAUGUCUGACCUGGCACAGGUGCGGCUUACUUGCCGUCACUGGUAUGAUACGGUUUGUUACACGUCUUCCCUGAUGGAUCGGUUUGUGCUAUCGUUCAAAAGCUGCCGAUUGUACGAGGGAUGCGAGCGGAGCCGAGUUCUGUCUAAAUCCAAGAGCAGCUACGCCAAGGCCACCCUUAAGGCGGUGGCCAUCGAAGAGAGCAACACCUUGUGGCGCUCGCUAGGAGACAACCUGCAUGAUCUUACAUUGAACGAUUGUUCGUUAUCGGGAGAUACGCUGAUCCGGCUGCUUAAAUUCACCCCCAAUUUGCGGUACUUGGCUCUGAAAACUACGAAAUUCGAAGACUUCCACAUCCAGGACGUCGUUGUCGAUUUUAAAUUGGAGAAGCUGGAAACACUAACCCUGCGAUCAAUUUUUGUGUACGAUGAGUGCUUCGAUAUGUUCAAGAAAAUAUGUCCAAGGCUGAAAGUCCUCAAGUUGAACUAUUCGUCUUUCGAAGGGUGGGGCGAGAAGUUGGUGCAGUUUGUUCAAGCAGUGCGGAGCACAUUGGAAGGAAUCAACCUGAGCUACACCAAAGUGAGUGCUACACUCCUGCAGAAAAUAUCCACAAUCGAGAGGCUAAAGCUGAAGAAGAUCUCGCUAAAAUCCAGUUACGAUUUAAAGCAGCGCGACAUUAUUCAACUCAGUCGGGUGCAACCGACGAUAGUGCAUCUCAACAUUGACAAUCUUUUUCCGGCAGAUGAUCAGAUACUCAGCGAAAUAAGCAGAAACCUCCCCAAUAUGAAGCGGAUAAAGUUGCACAUAUGCCGAGUACACAAUUUGCACCAAUCGUUUUUGCGUAAUAUGCAGCGAUUAGAGUACCUAAAAAUUACAGACGCGACUCAUGUAGCUGGUAAUCUCGAUUUGAGUUCAUAUGAGAACUCUAAUUUGGAAAAACUUUACGUAUCAGCUGCCACAUUUUCCCGAAACACAUUGCCACGAUUUUUCGAAAAAUCGCCCAACAUUCGCAGCUUGACGCUAUAUCAAUGUUCGUACGAGAACAUCCACGACUUGCAGCUCUCAUUUGCGCACCUGAAAUCCUUGGAAUAUUUGAAUCUGCAGCGUACGUUCGAUAUCGAUGACAGCUUCUUCAGCAGGACCGUCUUCGACAGCGUGAACAUGCCAUUCGAGCGCAUUCGGUUCUUUGCUGUUACCAACCUCACCAAGCUGUGCUACCUUAAUUUGAGCCGAUGUCGGGAUCUAUCGGACGAAACUUUAAUGGCCCUCAGUUUUUCGCGAUUAAAGAAGAUCGAUCUCCGAGGAUUGAACAUCACCGAUUUCGGGAUACGUGCGCUGGUUCGCCAGUGUUCCAAACUGGAGUAUGUUCAUGUGGAUGCUUGCAAGCGGAUUAGCGACAGUGCGGUGCUGAUGUUGUGUCGAGAUUUGAAACGUUUGAAGCUGCUCAACUUGGACGGAUGUCGAGCAAUCACGGACUCUUCGGUGGACCACGUUAUCAAUCACUGCCGAACGCUGGUGUGGCUGAACAUGAUGAACUGUCCGCAACUGACGGAUGCCGCGAAACAGCGAUUGGAAAGUAUGCGAAGUAUACGAUCGUUGUACGUUUAGUGGGCAUUGUGUGAUACGGAUACCUGCGGUGGCGAUGUCGGUGAUUAUGAUGGGCACUGGUCGUUAUGGCGCCUCAAUUGUAAUACGACCUAUCCGCAAUUUAAAUAAGGCACAAUAAUCGAUCAAUUCCGGUUCAAAUUUUGAUCAUUCUUUUGAUGUAGAGAAACAGAUAUUUACAUCAACUUUCGGAGAGUGGUGUGUAUUUACAAGAGAAUGUGGCCGUCAUUUAAAAUAUCGUUUUUAGAUUGAUUACUACAUGCUACUGUUACUAAUAGGGUUCUGGCCAUUAAGUAGAGGAUGUUCGAAAGUCAAAAUUUAGUGAUUUCGCUGUAUGUUGUGUCGUGGUGGUCAAAACUUGUAGAAUAAUUAUAUUACAUAUCUAAAUAUAUAUUUUUUUCAAAAGUA